ACAACACUAUCAACAUCAUCAUCGAUAUCAUCAUCAUCGUCGCCGUCACCCGCAGUUGCCGCCAUCGCCGCCGCCGCCGCUGCCGUGUCGACCCCCACGACAACAGUUCGAACCGCGCGGCCGGAGCAAGGUGACAAAGGAAAUCGGCAGGAGAUACAGAACGCGGAGUAUUUGGCCCUGAAGGAACAGUACGCAGCCCGGCGAAGUCGGAAACUCCAAUCACAACAACAUGCCAGUAAACAAGAACAAUUCGAUAAACAACGUGAGAAAUCCGUCGGAGCUCAACUGGAAGGAGCAGACGACACGUUGCAUAAAAACAAGCAGGCGGGUUUGGAUGCCGGCAUUUUGGAGGGAGAAUCAAAAUCUGAGGUGAAAACGGAAAGAAAUAUUAGACUAGAGUCACAAGAAGAAGGUGAUGAGGGGUCAGAGGUAAAGACAUAUGCAGACGAUGGUUGUUCGUUAAGUCCCGGAGACAUAGACGAUGGCCCCCUUCUGUUUGUGGAUAAUAGCUUCCCCCCGGAUAUAUCAUCCCUCAGUUAUGUCUACAGUGGUGAAGAUAAAUACGAGAGAAUGGUGUUUAAACGACCGACUGAAAUCGAUGAAAAUCCCACGUUCACAGGUGUCGGCGGCACGUGCCAGUGGCCGUUUCCUUGGGUGUUGUGGCGCGGAAGAGGAUGGUUUCAAGGGGCUAUGGCAAUCGCAUCCCUAAGCGUCAAGUGUUUGGAAAAAGUCAUCCCUGGUUACCGUAAAUUCGAAGAAUCAUUUCAGGAAGAUUACUUUGGCGCCUUCAUAUUCCGACUGUGGCGAUUUGGAGCCUGGCAGGAUAUCAUCGUCGAUGACAACCUCCCCUUCUUGGAUAGCCAGGUGGCCUACUGUGAACCCGUAGGCUCACACCACGAAUACUGGGCCCCUCUCUUGGAGAAGGCCUAUGCCAAGUGUAACAGGACAUAUGAAUCAAUCGAAAAUGGAAAUAUCCUGGAUGCCCUAACUGACCUUACUGGUGCCAUCUGUGAAUACUUCACACCGGAUGUCAACCCUCCACAUAACCUCUUCCGCCUUUUACACAUGUCUUGUUUCCACCGGUCUCUGAUUGUGUGUUGGCGCAGUGAGAAACGCCUGACGCCAAUCGGGUUUAUAGUUUACCAGCCUUCACAGCAAACAUCCAUAUGGAAUGAUGCCGAAGAUACGCACCGCUUUCUUCAUAUUGUGACAGCAGCCACCAAGUUUGCUCUCCGCAGUGACAAGACUAUGUGGGACACGGUAAACGGUGACUUCAUGGAAAGGUACAAACCGUUACAGAACAAAGAACAAGACGAAUACUGGAUGACCGUCGAAGACUUCCGCUGUAACUUCGGCAGUAUGAUCAUUUGCUCCAGUUCAGAACCUUAUGUUCCAGAGGGACUGAAUUUAACCAGGAAAUAUUCACGGACAGAGAAGCAUUUUGUGCUGCAAAGCCAACAGCUGACCCAGCUGAAGAGCAAUGCUUUCAAGAUAAGGAGCUGGUCUCUCACUGAGCAGUACUCGCCGUCUGAAUGUGGGGACGAUGUUUUAAAAAGGGAAAGGGACCUGCUUGAUACUCCGCACAUUUUCAAAGACAGACAAGAAGAAAGCCCCGACAGUGGUGGUUCGUUCAGGAGCGUCUUCUCCCCAUCGAACAAUAAAGUAUUCCAGUUCGAACUCGGCUCCAGUCCAAGGUCUCCUGACUUUAUUGAAUCACAGCCACACCACCAUCGUUCUCUGACCUCCAGUCCAAUCAGUGGAAUCCAAAGGAAACUGGCGUAUCAACCCCCGGGACGCAGUCCUUUGGUGUCGGAAAAAUCUGGCGAAGAACCGAAACCCGAUCCUGGUAGAGAAAGGAGACAAUCAAGGCCUUUAAUUAGGGGGAAAUCAGCGAAUCUGCCGAGGGACACACUCAGUGAGAGUGUCAGUAACCUAGGGGACAGCAGCUGGGUGUCCUCGUAUAAGGAUUUACUUGCUCCCUUUGGAAUUAAGAGGAAAAACAACAACGAAGUCACAGACAGCAGUUCUGACUUUGUAAAAACGGGAGACUUUCAAAAAACUCAAAAAGCGAAGAGUUUCGACGGAUGUAGCCUACCAAUGAGCAGAGACAGUUCCAGCCAAGGAGAAUCAAACCAAACUACUUCGGUUCGAUCGAAAAGUGUUUCGCUCUACCAGUCAUAUUACAGGGAACAAGAGAAGUUAAAGGAGAAGAGUCAGAUAACGGUUAAGAGCGCUACAAAGGCCCAUUCGGGUGUGGGUGUCAGCAGCUCUGAGAGUAGAGAAGCUGAAAAGGGUCUCAGUGUCCCACGAAAGACGUCAUGCGGGCAAAACGAAACAGAACAAACUCGGCGUCCAUCGAUUCAGUUUUUUCGACAAGCGACCAUAGAAGGAGACACGGAAGAGCCAAUUGCCUCAGCAAAAGGAGAACCGGAAAAACCUACGAGUAAAAAACAGUCGGAAGAAAAGCGGGGGAAGACGCUGUUUAAGAGCUGCUUAAGCACAGACGAAGAUGAUGAUGAUGACGAUGUUGAUGACGUCAGAGAUGACACCUGCAAGAAUUUAUCACAUGACGCGCAGAUGACCGGAAUCCAAGAACGGGAAAUACGGAAAGAAGGAGAAGAAUCGUCCAAACCAGAACUAACCGUUGACAACUCAUCGCAAGUACGGAAGAUAUCGUCCGAGAGUGAGAAAGGAGUUCGUGUCACAACAUCCCCGACUAAAACGAACCUUCAGUCAAGUCAAAGCAACGAUGGAAACUCAGACUUUAUUGCUUUGGUCAACAAAGUCAAGAAAGUGCGCCUGCGCAGUGCUCCCGAUCGAACACACAGCGAGUCGAGUUCCGGUGGCUUCACUCAACCUCAUCAGCAACAAGCUUCGAUGACUCCACCGACUCGCAAAUAUGGCCGUCAUGAACGAUUAAAUCUCUUUUGUCAUUCGAACAGAGAGAGCUCUCAGAGUGUAUCCGAUCUCACCAGCAGAAUAGACGCAGGCGCAGCUACGACUACUACUGCUACACUGCUUCCGAUCACGGAUGAACACAGAAACAUCUCCCUCGGAACGGUUUCUUCCCUUUCAGAGUCAAAUUUUCUGGCCAGUAAAGUCGACCAUUUCUGCCCGACUGGACGCUGGAGUCAACUUGUCAAUUACCAUGGAAACUGGACUAAACGGAACAACUCCUUUGACAUGGAUCAGAACCCAAGGAUUUUACUGACUGUCCAUAAAUUAGACGCAUGGAAAUCGGACCUGGAUACAGUUUUCAGCGGACGUAGUCACGUGAUCAUUUCCCUCCUCCAAGACUACAGACAUGGCUCUUCGACCGCGAACAAUCUCAUCCAGCCGAUUGGAUUCUGUAUUUAUAAGACGAAGUACCCGGAGAAGGACGAGAGGAAGCAUCUUUCCAAGCUGACGUUUGUAAGCAAAGAGAUGUCAAAUGGUGGGUCACGUGAGGUAAUCAAACGGACCAAUCUGGAGCAGGGAAAUUAUUUCAUUGUGCCAUUCUGUUCCAACAAGGAGCAUACUGGCGAGUUCAUAGUUCGAGUCCUGGCUGAGAAGAACGUCAAAGAGGAGAAAUCAGAUUGUAAAUUAUCCUAGAAUGACAGCGAAGAAGAACGAGAAGAACGAGAAGGAGAAGAAGAAGGAAAAGAAAAUGCUGGAAGAAGUGGUGGGGGGAGGAACGGUGGGAGAGGAAGCAAUGGAAAGAAAGAAAUAAAGAGGCAAAGAAAGAAAGGAAGAGAAAGGAAGAACAAGAAUAGAAAAGAAAAACAAAGGAAAAAAAAACAAAAAAAGAAUCCAAACAGUUACAUCCCGAGGAGAAAACUAAAACAAGAAUAGCAA